GACGAGAGUGAAUGUUUUUGGGAUUCGAGGUCAAAAAUCCUAGCUCGAUUAUCUCGAAUAAAGUCGCAAUGGGGCAGUUUUAUUCGGUCUACAUUGCCCACCCUGAGGAAAGACCUGAUCGUGCAAAUGACCCAACAUUCGAUCCCUUGUACGGUUUCCCCGAAGGGAGGAAAGAGAGAGAAAUGGUAGCGACACUGGAGGAAAUGCAAGCAAUGAAUGUUGAAGCAGACAAGCGAGAUUACUGUGCUCACCGAUGGAUUGAAUUCUUGAAAUGCCGCUCUGAUAAUAUACCGUUCUUCUCAAAAUGUGCACAUGAAAAGCAUGUAUGGGAAACUUGUCAGUAUGAAGAUUUUAUACUAAGAAUGAAGGAACAUGAGCGGGAAAGACGACUGAAGGCUAGGGCAAUUAGGAUACAGAAAAAAUUAGAGAAGGAAUCAUCGGAAUUGAUUAUGACAUAAUCUGUUUUGCUGUAACAGACAAUUGACUGUGUAAUUAUCAUUCGUUGUUGGAUACAAGGGAGUGCAUUCGUUCAUUUGAAAAUAGUCAGUGUGACUGUGACUGAGAAAUUUCACUUUCUGCAUCAUUUCUGGUAGCCAGAAAGACAGCUAGAGCCACAUUUAGUUUUGCUACUUUGAGGAUAGUGGUCAGAACCGUCCUCGAACAAGUCUAUACUGAAAUGUUUGUUGUAGCUCUAUGUAACUGUAACUGCUGUCACAGAGUAUGGACACAGUUGGACGAAAUACCAUCAGUUUUACAGGUAAACCAAACCUCCACUGUUACAAUAUGCGUCUCCCAAUUAGUUCUCCUCCAUGAUUGCUGUACAUAAGACGACUUGUAAUUGUUUGGUGUCUGUAUGAUAGAAAAAUGUGCUUGUGCUUUUCUGUACAAGAAUAAAAAGUAAUUGUUUU